CGGGAUGAACGGYUCGGUGCUGGGAUCAUUCCCAGUGGAACACCCCGGCGAGUGCGUGCCCAGCAACCCAGUGCAAUUCGUGCUGGUGCCCAUCAUCUACUGCCUGGUGCUGUGUGUGGGGCUGCCAGGCAACCUGGUGGCAUUGCUGGUCUUCCUGCAGAGCGGCAAGGUGAGGAAAGCCAUCCGCAUCUACCUCAUCAACCUGACGCUGGCCGACAUCCUCUUCAACCUCACGCUGCCCCUCUGGAUCCACUACUACCUGGCCGGGGGGGACUGGCUACUCUCGGAGGCCGCCUGUCGCCUGGCUGGGGCCGCCUACUACCUGGCCACCUACAGCGCCAUCACCUUCAUGGUGCUCAUCAGCUUCAACCGGUUCUGCGCGGUGCGGGCGGCACGGCGGGCGCUGCCGCUGACGGGGCCCCGUGGUGCCACGCUGGCCUGUGCCCUGGCCUGGCUGCUGGGGCUGGGCUGUGCCGUGCCCACCCUGGCCACCCGCCAGACCUUCCCCACCCUCGCCGGGACCACCGCCUGCUUCGAGCAGCACGGGCGGCAGCGGGGCUACGCCUACGCCAUGGUGGGCUUCUUCUCCGCCGCCUUCCUGGUGGUGCUGGGCACCUACGCYUCCAUCGCCCGGGCGCUCUCGGUGCCAGCCACGGCCUCUUCGGGCUCCCACCGGCAGCAGGCCCGUGCCAUGGUGCUGGGCAUGCUGCUGGUCUUCGUGGUCUGCGUGGCCCCCUACCACCUGACGCUGGCCCCCUGGGUGGGCAGCCGGCCCCCCGCWCCGCUCUGCGGGCCCCCCGACACUCUGGAUGUGCUGCACACGCUGAGCGUGGCCCUGCUCAGCCUCAACAGCUGCCUGGACCCACUCAUCUACUGCUUCUCCAUCCGGCGCUUCCGCGCUGACCUGGGACGGACCCUGCGCAAGAUUGGCCGGUGCUUCCCGCUGCCUCCACCGGACCCCCCUGGGCCAGUGCGUGGUGCCCGAGCAUCCUCCUUCACCUCCUCUUAGCGGGGUGGGC